AUGUCAGACACGGCCGUGGACACCAGCUCCGAGAUCACCACCAAGGACUUAAAAGAGAAGAAGGAAGUUGUGGAGGAGGCAGAGAACGGAAGAGAUGCACCUGCGAAUGGAAAUGCUGAGAAUGAGGAAAAUGGGGAGCAGGAGGCUGACAAUGAGGUAGAUGAAGAAGAGGAAGAAGGAGGGGAGGAGGAGGAAGAGGAAGAGGAAGGUGAUGGUGAGGAAGAGGAUGGAGAUGAAGAUGAGGAGGCUGAGGCAGCUACAGGCAAACGGGCAGCUGAAGAUGAUGAGGAUGACGACGUCGACACCAAGAAGCAGAAGACUGAUGAGGAUGACUAG